UUCGCUUCAUUUAAAAGUCAUACUCGGCUCAAAUAACACAAAUAAAAGAUUUGUCACUUGAAGUUUUAACUACAUAUUCCGAAUAGAGUUGUAAACCCUUCACAAAAUUUUAAUAUCGGGUGAAAAAAGGAAUUCUUAGGCAAAGCUCCAAUAAAAAAUAACUCGGGAACUUCAGCGAGUAACAAACAAAGGCGUGCGCAACUUGUGUAUAAGUGUGUGGGCGCCGCGUAAGGCAUAAAACCAACAAACGCCCUGCAAUGGUUGGGAUUAUUGAUGAGGCGCAGCUGUUUUAUCCGCUCGGGACCCGCAUCAAAAUAGCAGAGAACUACGGCACAGUCCGAUAUGUAGGCGAGGUGAGUGGACAUAUGGGCACCUGGCUAGGCAUAGAGUGGGACGAUGGUCUUCGCGGCAAGCACAAUGGUGUCGUUAACGGCAAGCGCUACUUCCAGACGCAGAUGCCCACAGCAGGCAGCUUUAUAAGGCCGGGCAAGUUGGGACCUUGCGCGACCUUGGAGGGCGCUGCCAGGGAAAGGUACCUGAACUAUGACUCGAGCAACGUUGAUGAGUCGCUCAUCAGGGAGGCGCAGGCUAGUCUGCAGGCAUCCCUUUUUGAGGUCGUUGGCAUGGACAAGAUUGCGCGCAAGCAGAGCAAGUUUGAGCAGCUGUCAGAGGUGAGCGUGGACGAGACGCCGGUAAACGCAGCUGGAUACCUACAGGGCUUGACGCAACUGACUACACUGAACGUAAGCCAUACUCUGAUAUGGAACUGGGAGAUUGUGGCCAGCAUAACUCAGCAGCUGCCUUCGCUCACCAGUCUAAAUCUGAGUUCGAACCGUUUAGUAUUGCCUACGGAAAACCAAAUAUCUGAGCUGCAGCCGUCUUUUCGUCACCUAAAGCGCAUCAAUUUACGCAACUGUGGGUUUUCCGACUGGAAAGAUGUGAUGCAUACUGCGCUGCUCUGGCCGGAUAUUCUAUCGCUAGGACUGCAGGAGAACUCCUUUAAUCAGUUGGCUGUGGUCGAUCGCCAGAGGAUCUUCAGGCAGCUGGAGGAGCUCGACUUGCACCGAACGAAUAUAAUGGACUUUGACCAGGUUGUCAAGCUAGGAAACCUCAUCACACUCCGUCUAUUAAACCUCAUGGAGAACGGUAUUGAGGAGGUAAAGCUGCCUGACUGUGAUCCGUUAGCUAAGCUGAAUAUAUUUGUGUCGCUGGAGCAGCUGAAUAUUCUCCACAAUCCCAUUUGGAAUGAGGCUGAUGUGUUCAACGAGCUGGACAAGCUGCCGCAGCUAAAGCGUCUGAACAAGACCCCGCAUUUGAAGUCAAAUUUUGAUGAAAUGUUCUCCAAAGCUGUUGCUAGCAUAGGUGGUCUUCAGUUCAUAAAUAAGGCCGAGGUAACUGCGGAGGAGAGGCGCGGUGCUGAGUAUGAUAUUUGGAAGAAAUACGCGAUGGAUUGGAUGCAGGCGACCCAUCAAGGAGCAGAUGCCUUACGCGAGUUUUGCAGGAAGCAUCGCACGUAUGCGUCGCUGGUGAAAAAGUACGGUUCUCCGGCAGAUUUUGUGCCCCGGGUUCAAGCUAAGCAAUCGAAUUUGAUAAAGGUGUGCAUACGAAAUCAAAUAACGGGGGAGACCUGGGAUAAGAAAGUGCCGCGGAUGAUUACUGUGCAAACCUUGCAGGGAUUAGUCAUGAAGCGGUUUGGUCUUAGUGGAACCGUUCCCCAGCUGUCAUACGUUGAUGCCAAGCACCCGAGUCUAGUGGUUCCGUUGGACAACACUGCGAAAACUCUAGACUUUUACUCUGUGCAGGAGCAUGACACGGUUUUAGUUCAGUAAUAAUAACAGCUCCCCAGUUGAACGUGGCGUCUACAUUCUCAAUUUCGUAUUGCGAAAACUUGGUAUUUUAAGCAUAAGGCAUUCGAUAAAGAAUAAAAAUUUUAUUUUUUACAUCUAAGGAGA